UGAAACCCUAAUUCCUCCCAAAUCCAAUCACCAUUUCCAAUCAAUUAGGUUAGGGUUUCGAACUUGUACAUACGCUCUCAAUCCCCAAUUUCAACGAGCACGUCGAUCAGUUUUUCAGCUUUCCCAUUCCUAGGGGUUUUUUCCAGUCAUAUUAGAGAUGGCGAUCGGAUUCGAUGAUCUUGUUCGAGCCUUGGAGCUCUGGUUGAAGCUCAACAAGAAGCCCAAGCAAACAGGGGCAAACGUGAACAGCGAUCUUGACCCUGUUUUGUUGGUGCCUGGUAUUGGUGGCUCCAUUCUCCACGCCGUUAACAUUGAUGAUGAUAGUUAUGAACGAGUAUGGGUUCGAUUCGUCGCGGCCGAGUACAAGCUGAAGACCAAGCUUUGGUCACGUUACGAUUCUUCUACAGGGAAAACCGAAUCCAUGGAUCCAAAGACAACUAUUGCGGUUCCUGAAGAUAGGCAUGGGCUCUAUGCUAUUGAUAUUUUGGACCCUGACUUGGUAAUUGGAUCUGAGUCUGUGUAUUAUUUCCAUGACAUGAUCGUUGAAAUGCUCAAAUGGGGGUAUCAAGAGGGGACAACACUUUUUGGCUUUGGGUAUGAUUUUCGCCAAAGCAACAGGUUGCCCGAAACAAUGGACAAGUUGGCUGCAAAACUAGCAGCAGUGUAUAAUUCUGCAGGGGGGAAAAAGAUAAACAUCAUAACUCAUUCUAUGGGUGGUAUUUUGGUGAAAUGUUUUAUGGCCCUCCAUACUGAUAUUUUUGAGAAGUACGUGAAAAAUUGGAUUGCAGUUUGUGCUCCAUUCCAGGGUGCACCUGGAUGUACCAAUUCUACCUUUCUAAACGGAAUGUCGUUUGUGGAGGGAUGGGAGCAGAGGCUUUAUAUUUCCAAAUGGAGCAUGCACCAGUUGCUGAUGGAAUGUCCAUCUAUAUACGAAUUGAUGGGCCCUCGUAAUUUUAAUUGGCAAGUCAUUCCUCGUCUGGAAUUGUUUCGCAAGCAUGAUUCCGAUGGGAACUCUCGUAUUAUUCUUGAAUCAUAUACACCAUCUGAUAACGUUGGUGUUCUCAAGGAAGCACUUGCAACUAACACAAUUAAUUGCAAUGGUUUGGAUUUGCCCCUGCCUUUCAAUUCAGACAUCUUGAAAUGGGCAAAUGAAACAUGGGAGAUUCUUUCCUCAGCCAAACUUCCCUCAGGAGUUAAAUUUUACAAUAUUUAUGGAACCAAUCUUGCAACAUCUCAUACUGUUUGCUAUGGAAGUCAGGACAAGCCUGUAACUGAUCUGGAACAGCUACGAUAUUUUGAGGCCAAAUAUAUAUGCGUUGAUGGUGAUGGAACAGUCCCAGUAGAGUCAGCUAAGGCUGAUGGGCUCAAUGCUGAGGCAAGAGUUGGAAUUCCAGGUGAACAUCGGGGUAUCCUCUGCGAACCUCAUCUAUUCCGGAUUAUCAAGCACUGGCUGAGAGCUGGAGACCCAGAUCCUUUUUACGAUCCCCUGAAUGAUUAUGUGAUUCUACCCACUGCUUUUGAAAUGGAGAGUCACAAAGAGAAGGGUAUAGAAGUAGCAUCCCUUAAAGAGGAAUGGGAUGUUAUUUCCAAAGACCAAGAUGAACAAAGCAAUAGUCAUGAUAAAAUGGAGAUGAGAUCCAUAUCAGUUAAACAUGAUGGGACUAAGGCUCAUGCUACCGUCACUGUUCGCGAGGGUAAACAACAUGUUAAACUGAAAGCUGUGACCGUUUCAGUGGAUGCCUAAUGCAUCUGUUUCGGUUGAUUGAAUGAGUGAACAGGGAGGAACACCUUCUGUACAGUUUGAUUGUGGCCGCCAUCACUUGUAUAUAAGAACUGAAAUGAUGGUGCUGCCAUGUUCCUCCAUGUUUUCAUGUAUGAUUUGUGAAUUAUAUGUAUUCGUUAUGACCAUCUUUCUACCAUUAACUCAUGGUUCCAAGAGUGGUGUUCGUUGUGCAAAGUUCAUGUAAAACGUUACUGUUUAUUCGACUAUUUUAAAAUCCAAUAAAUAAUUCAUAAUUCCCGUUCAUUAUUCAUAA